CCAGGCUCAGGCAGCCACAGAAAGCCCACAGUACGGGUUCUGGCUGCACUGCAAGCCUCCGUCCCACUGUCCCCAGCCCAGAGCAAAGCAGACACCUGAAGCAGACACUGCUCCCCAAAAGCAGCGCCCAAAAAGAUGCUGGGGCAGGCGCCAUGGGCAAGGCUGUCUCCUCCUGGCCCUACCGUCCUGCUGCUGGCCCUCUGUGCUGUCAUGACCACUCAGGACAUUUGCAACUCCACACGUGAUGGUGACCUCACAGCUCCGGCCCUCUUCCUGAACACCUCUAGUGCUCAGGAAGGGGAAUCGUUUUCGCUUCGCUGUACCAUUGAUGGUCAUUCAGCCCCUACCCGAAUUGUAUUCUGCAAGGACAGGAUGGAGGCACACAGCCUGAAAGGGCAACUAGGAAAACUGAUCUACACCAUCACUCUGAAGGUCACCCAGGGGAGCGAGGGGACGUACAUGUGUGGAUACCAGCUCAAAGAUGACAACAACCGAGUAAGGAGCUCUGCCCUCAGUGCUGGCCGCAUCCUGCAUGUCCCCGGUGCUGGCGUGACCACCCAGGACAUCGGCAGCUCCCCAGGUCAUGGCAAUGCAUCCAAGUCCCUGGCAGGGCCAAUGGCUCCAGGCAUGGCGCUGGCAGUGGCAGCCAUCAGCCUCGUCCUCCUGGCUGCAGGCAGCUGGUUUGCCAUCAGGAAAGGUGCCUGCAGAGGAAGAUGCCCAAGGCCUCUCCAUGGUGCUGGUAAUGAUGAGGACUCUUCUGCUGACCCCAGCCAUUACUAUGCCAACAUGGAUGAGAUGGGCAGAGUGAAGGUGAGUUCAGCCCAAGCCCAUCCUUGCAGGCGGGCAUGCACAUGAUGGCUGCAAGACGCCAGGCUGUUGGAGAGCAAAUGCAAGCAAGAAGUGCAUCCGAUGGCAGGAGCCUGGGAGCUUCGCGUGGCUGUGCUCUGUCUGAAUCCCCCUCCUUCCAUGCUCCCAGCAUUUCCCCAUGGUGGGCACCGCCAGAUCAAGUCUACUGCUUGUUCUCCCUUGUGUUUUGCAGCUCUCUCAAUCCAACUGCUCUCAACACCCACUGAAUGCCUAAAGCUGAAAUGUGAGAAGUGUGAUCCAGCUCAUUCUCUGACAGAGGCAGAAAACACUGAGGAAAACCGUGCUGAUCUGUGAGCUGUGAAUA